AUGCUGCGUAAGUGCACCUGCCGGUGCAUGCUGUCCUCUAUGCCCCACCCUCGUGCCAGGCCCUGCAUUCCUGUCGGGGUCCAGAGGGUGAAAGCUACAGAUGCAGGCCCAUUCUGCACCUCUUUGCUUGGGCCCAGAGUUUACCUUUGUGCCCUCUGUUCUAAGCCCCUCCCCAGUCCUGUCAUGUGCCUUGGGUUCUCCCUGCCCCCCAUCUCAGCCAUGGGGCAGGGACCCUCCUACACUACAGAGGGGCCAGGGGACCCCUCUGCCCCUAGUGCCUUCCUCCCUGACCCCCAAAGCAGCUUGGCCCAGGGAGAGGGGGGGUGGGUGCUGCUUAGCUGA